AUGAAGUUCAGUGUGGCAGUUUGGUACCCGAAAUUCUCUUCCGAGAAGGAUAUUGCUCAUGGUUGUCACUUGAGUCGUAAGAUUGACCUCUGGGGCCAGCUGGGCCCAGACCUCCAAAAUGCAUUGUAUGUAGCGUGA